AUGCUGGUGUGCGUACUGAUCCCGAGCAUUUGGUUGCAGGAGGUGAUGAGGGACCUGCAGUUCGCCGGCGAGGGGUUCAGGCAGUCAGGCCACCCGCCCCGCUCCGGCCACCUGCCCCGCCCUGCCCUGCACCACCCCGGCCUGCCCCGCCCCGCUCCGGCCACCUGCCCUGCCUCGCCCUGCACCGCCCGGCCCGCCUCGUGCCGCGCCGAGACGCCCCGACCCCGUCCCGCCCCGCUCCGGCCCCGCCCGAGCCACCCCUCGCGAUGUCCCACCCGAGCUGCCCCGCGCCGCCCCGACCUCGACCCGUCAUGCGCCGUGCCGCCCCGUCCUGCGCUGCGCCGCCCCGUCCUGCGCCGCGCCGCCCCAGCCUUGCCUCGCCCCGCCCCGCGCCGCCCCGUCUUGUGCCGCCCCCGCCCCGCCAACACCGCCCCCGGCGAGCUCGACCCCGCCCCGCCCUGUCACGGAUGCCUCUAG